AUGUCUACCGGCUUCAUCGACAUCGGCGAGAAUCCAGAGAAGCUGAUUUAUGUGGUUACUGCGUAUAUACUGAUGAGCGACGAUGAACUUGAUCUUGACUCGAACUUUAUCCAGGAGCACGACUGGACCCCGAUCAAGGUCAAGGACUCAGAAACCGACAAGUGGUUGAUGCUGACACUCGAACCUUUCCCAUUUAUCGUUCAGCGAUCGAUCGUCUCGCAUGGCACGACAGUCUAUCGUGGUCUGUACGGAAUUUUUGAGUUGAAUAUCUCGUUGCAGGCGGUGGGACGGGUGUCAGAGGUCGAACUUCUUGGGAAAACUCGCAGUAUUCGUGGAGCGGCAACGUUGAUUGGAUCAUUUAACAUGGGAAAGAUCAGUGAGCUACGCGACGGCCUUACGUCCACGAAGGCAAUGCAAAGAGAGAUACAACCCGACGAGGAAUCAAUGACCACGCCCCACGACUUACUGCAACCAGAGGCAUCCAAUCAGGAAGGAGGCUUUCAGUCAAGCGCAAAAGUGCGUCGGGUGCUGGUGAUUCACGUCAGAGCAAAAGUUCAUGCGUAUUGA